AUGUUGCGGCACGGGUAUGGACUACACAAACGGGCGCCUCAGGGCGCAGAUGGGAUCACCGGUCUACCCGCCAGCAUUGGGAACCCGACGGCAACGCUCCCACAGUCCAUAGCUCCCUCCGAUAUCAGACCUAAUCCAUCUUCAACCGCCGAAAUCGUGACCGCUUCGGCCCCCUCGGGGCUCACAACUAUUACAGAGACCCAAACUCUGGUCCAGUCGGUGACGAGCUUAAACACUCUUGAGACCAUUACUACCGAAAAAGUCAGAACCAUCACCGAUUCCUCCGAAUAUGCAUCCCUCACCUCGGCCGCUGCUGUAUCGUCCACGUCCCAAUCGAGUACCUCCAAUGCCUCGUCUUCAGCUACAACGAGCGCGGCCGCGGCCAAAUCCUCAUCUAAUAUCGCCACCCUCGUACCUGCGAUUGUCGUUCCACUUGUCGUUGUGUUGUUGGCGUCAUUAGGUGCUUUCUGGUUCUUUAUGCGUCGACGGCACAGGAGAGAGCUGGCGAGUCAGCCGGAGUUUGUCAUGACUGGAAAAGGAGAGAAGCUCAGCAGUCGGUCGAACAGCGGCAGAUCCACUUCGUCAGAGCUCAAGCAAACGUUUGGAAAGAAAUCACCGGCGGUCAAUCAGAAAGAACUGCCUCCAACAUCCUCACAAUCACCUCCACAUGCUACGUCGGAGUGGCCGUCGGCACAUAUUGGAGUUGCUCGACCGCUAACACCACGUGAAACCACGCCCAUUCCAUAUAAUCCACCUUUUGCCGAAUCCAGAUCCCGAGCCAGUCCUUCUGAACCUCGCCAGUACAGGAAUUUCAGUGGCCCUGUACCUACAUCAGGGAAACCUGGCCCAGAACCACCGAUGCGAGGUCCUGGGCAAUUCCGAGAUCGAAGCGACAGUUUACCAUCUGUACGGGGACCGCCGCCGUUAAGAACUGGACCUGGUGAGAGGCCGAGGAUAGCUCCAAGUCCUGUGCCACGAGGCGGCCCGAGCCCUGCACCGCCACGAAUCAGCCCAGCAAGAUCACCCCAAGGUCUGCCAGGCAAUGCUGGAGCCGGCCUAGCAGGGUCAGCAUUCCGUUUCCGUGACCCCUCUCCUACCAUGAACCACAGUGCGCGGGCGCAAGCCCCUCCCCGACUCGCAGCGCCCCCUCCUGGAGCUUACAACGGAGCAUCGUCCAUUUCUCAGUACUCUCCGAUUGUCAAAGACGCGCCCAAUAAAACUAAAGGAGGACCCAGCGGCAAGAAAGGACCGCCGCCAGCAAUUUAUACGACACAGCUUUCAGCCGGCAAUGCACUCCAGACACCGAGCUCGGCCAGUCCACAAGGAAACGUGCUGACGGAGGAGAAUGUGAGAAUAGCACGACUCGCCAAUUCCACUCACUUGACCUCUACUCCUGCAGAACCUAGUCCAUCACCUAAGCUGCCACCGCCCGCCACACGCUCGCAGUUGAUACCUCGAUACAGUCUAAAGGACGACAAGGACGACGCAUCUCACUACAGCCGUGGGACUAGCGAACAAUUCGGGGCUCAUGUUCAAAAUCAUACACCUGCUUCAGCGCAGACAUUUUGGCGAUCCAACCGGACCAGCCUCGUGUCCGAACCGGACGAUUACGAAGACAUCGAGGCCAAGUCGGAUGUCAGCAGCUUGAACGAGUUUGAACGGUUUGAUUUUGGCCCGGACAUUGGCGGCAGUCGAGGAGGCAGCAGUGCUGGAGUCGCAUCCUUGAACUACUACGCCUCCCAGCACAAUUUUGGUAAUGGCAGCGGAUCUCCUUUUGGGGACCAACAUGCAACCCAUGAACGUUGGUGA